GUGCAGUCGAGCUCCCUUCCGUCACUCAUCUUCAUCUUCAUCUUUGCAUCUCUUCUGCUUCUGCUUCUGCUGCUUCCACUGUUACUCUCUUUCCUUCAACUCUCUUUCAUUCUGCUGUCAGCCCCGAAAUAGAGCCCAAUUGGCAAGAAUUGAAUCGAUUAAGCGAUGACGACCCGGUACCGUGUUGAGUAUGCCCUCAAGACCCAUAGACGGGAUCAGUUCAUCGAAUGGAUAAAGGGUCUCUUGGCUGUGCCAUUUGUGCUUUACUCCCAGCCGACGGGAGUGUUUGGCGAUGAUACCAACGUGGCCAAGAUGGCCGAGGAGGCCCACAGACGCUACGCAGAGAUUAUGAGAGAUGUCGAGCUGAUGAUUGACGAUCACAUCGCCCGCCAAAACCAGGACCGCGUGCUCCCUUCCAAGCUUGGAAUGCUGGUGCCAACUGCAGGUCCUUUCUUCACACGACUGCCCCUGGAGGCAGCAUUCAAAUACCAGGACCGGAAGCGAUACAUGUCUUCAAGACGAUAUGUAGCCCCCUCUUUCAACGAUGUGCGCCUGGUUCUCAACUCAGCUCAGAUAAUGGCUGUGACGAAUGGUGCUCUUCAGCUAGCCACUUUUGAUGGUGAUGUCACGCUGUACGACGAUGGACAGAGCUUGGAACCGUCAAGCCCUAUCAUUCCACGCCUGCUAGACCUCUUGCGCAAAAACAUCAAAAUCGGCAUUGUGACAGCUGCUGGCUACACCACCGCAGACCGGUACUAUGGCCGUCUCCAUGGCUUACUCGAUGCCAUUGCCAACUCCACAGACCUUGACCCUAUACAGAAGCAGAAUAUUGUUAUCAUGGGUGGUGAGGCUAACUAUCUCUUCGAAUACGAGCCAUCUUCACCAUACCGGCUGGCGCCUGUUCCGCGACCAGAGUGGUUGACCCCAGACAUGGCGGCCUGGUCCGAGGCGGAAAUCACGGCGCUUCUGGAUGUCGCCGAGUCAGCGCUUCGGGACUGUGUCCGCACGAUGAACCUACCAGCCAUCAUAGUUCGAAAGGAUCGCGCCGUGGGAAUCGUUCCCAACCCUCCCGAAAUCCGCAUUGCACGAGAGAGCCUGGAAGAGACGGUAUUGGUGGUUCAGCGUAUCCUGGAACUAACCGCCCUUGGUGCUCCUUCGCAACAGGCUGGCCAAGGCGCUCAGGGCUGCCGCGGAGUUCCCUUUUGCGCCUUCAACGGUGGCCGAGAUGUCUUUGUUGACAUUGGUGACAAGAGCUGGGGCGUGACUGUCUGCCAGCAGUGGUUCGGAAGACGCAACGGGGCAACCACUGGAGCCGAUGCAGCUCUGACAGCCAUCAAGGGCGAAAACACACUACACGUGGGAGAUCAGUUUUUGAGUGCCGGAUCAAACGACUUCAAGGCGCGAAGUGUGGGAACUACAGCAUGGAUCGCGAGCCCGGCAGAGACGGUGGAGUUACUGGAUGAGCUGGCGGAUUUGAUGCAGAAGAAGCUUUCAUGAUGAGAUUGCGAUAUUUCUUAGAUGAGCAUGAAAUGGCCCUCUCUUUGUUUGGGAAGCGGCGUAAUGCAUUUUUCUAGAGGACCAUCUAUUUAGCCAUGUUCUGGAUACUAUUUUGAAGGAGCAUUGCCAGAGGCGCCUUGGAUAUCAAGUUUGGACGAUUUUGGAGUUUAUUAUCCCCGUGUCUGCUUGGGCUAUGGUAUGAACUUUGGAAUUUCGAUAUAAAUACAUAAUUGCAUAUUCUAAUCGUCACAACCAUACUGUCAUUUAUUCGUACUGGCGAUGUGCAAUCUGUCCAAGAUAAGAGAGUCUCCCGGGAUUUCGGUUUGAUAGCAUUUCCGACAUGGCAUACAGCCAUCCGGAUUCUCCAUGUAGCACCUAGAAAGGCUUUUGCAUGAAUUCUCAAAUUAUUACAAAAAGCCGGCUUAAUCAAUAAG